AUGGCCCCCUCGAAAGUCGCUCGGAGCGCUCAGGAGGAUUCCAAGGCCGACACAGCAACCCCCAAAGAGAAAAAUGGGGGUGGCGGGGGGUCAAAGAUGCGAAGAAUCGCCAGCAGCGCGGGCUCCAACCUACGCGAGGUGACAAACGCAAGUGCUGCUACGAACACGGCUGCUGUGAAGGCACCCGACUCGACAGCCAACACACAGGAGGCCAGCACUCCAGGACUGCAAUGGCCCGCCUUCGACCGAGACGUCCUCCACGCUUACCGCCGCGCUUACAAGCUCAAGACACCGACCGCCUUCAUCAGCGACCACCACGAAUGGGUCCUCACCCAGCCAGGAAGCAUCGGGCUCUACUCGCCGACAAUCGCACGACGUAAAGAGCUUCGGAGGCAGACCAAGGACCAGCUGACCAAUGUGGUGCGAAAGCACUUUAACGGCUUGGGGGUCCAGGAGAACGACAUCAUUGUCGACUUCCUUCACAAGGUCCGGAGCCAAGGUGUUACAAAAGGAAAGCCGAAAAGGCGCGAGUACGUACAUCUGGAACCCGAGCGAUGA